AUGACUACCAGCACCGGAACUGCCGGAGCGCAGGACGAGACAGAUGGUACUAGAGGAGGUACUAGCAGAACCGGAGCCCCCCAGACAGCACAGACACAGUCACAGCUCGCCUUCGACGUCGGCGAGUCUUCGCAAGCGACGCUAGGCGAGCAGCGCAACCAAGCCUUCGCACGCCUGAGCGAGUCUGCGCGAAGGAGAAUACAGCGUUAUCGCGCUUGGCAAGGCGAAAGAAGAAGAGGACAGCAAGAACAGCGCGCAGAGCUGCAGCUGAGCCGUCUGGCGCAGGAUAGUGGUGC